AUGGCUUCUUCAAUGGCUCUAUAUAUUCUUCAUAUUAGUCAAAAAUAUACGCUCUAUGCUAGUUACAUUAUACUUAUUGCGGGAAUAAUUGGAAAUGUUCUUAAUAUUUUUAUUUUUAUCAGUUUCAAAGCCUUUCGAAAUAAUCAAUGUGUUUUAUAUUUUGUAACCGAAUCAAUUUCCAAUAUAUUUCAAAUAAUAAUAUUUUUUCUUAUACGUUUAUUAAUCGUAUUAAAUGAUAGUGAUCCAGCAAAUUCAAUAAUUUUUUGGUGUAAAUUUCGUGCUAUGAUGAUUACAUUAUGUACAUUAAUUUCGUUUUCUGCAAUAUGUUUUUCUGCUUGUGAUCAAUAUCUUUCAACAAGUCUUCAAGCCAGUUUAAGAAAAUUGAGUACAAUUAAAUUAGCUAAAAUUCUAAUAUUUACAGCAAUUAUUAUUUCAAUAUUACAUACCAUUCCAUUUUGUAUAUUUAUUGAAAUACGAGCUUCUUUCUGUAGUGUUUUCAAUUCAAUGAUGUCUAAUUAUCUAACACAUUUCUAUUAUCCAAUUUUAUCUGGUCUUCUACCUAUUUUCAUAGCAUCAUUAUUUAGUAUUUUAGCAUAUCGAAAUGUUCGACGAAUUGUUCGACGACAAAUACCAAUAGUUCGUCGACGACUUGAUCGUCAAUUGACAGCAAUGGUACUUGUUCGUAUUAUUGCAUUUGUUAUAUUAACAUUACCUUAUGCUAUUCAAAGAAUGUAUACAUAUCUUGCAAAAAUUGAUCAAUCAAAUCUUUAUCUAUUUGCAAUUAGUAGUCUAGUAGGAGGAGUUAUAAGUUCGCUAUUUAAUCUAAAUUAUGCGAUAUCUUUCUAUAUAUUUAUGGCAUCUUCAGUACGAUUUCGUCGUCAAGUGAAAUAUAUUUUGGUAAAGAAAUCUUGGCAACGAUUGAAACAAUGGUUUUCUUACAAUGAAAAUCAAGUUCAUCCAAGCAUGCACAUGCAAUCAGUUGGUUCUAGCAUUGAACUACAAUGA